AAAACUUCGUCAAGUGCUACACCGAAAGGAGCAGCAUGGAUAUCAGAAACGUCGCUGAUCACGGCAGGAAGAAGCAGGCCCUUCAAAACAGACAAAAACUGGCCUCGAUCAUCAAAACCGUGCUGCUCUGCGGGAGACAAGGAGUAGCUCUCCGAGCUCACCGUGAGGAGGGAAAUGUGAUUGAAGAGACCGCUUGUAAUGAUGGAAAUUUUCGAGCCCUCUUGAGAUUUCGCAUCGACGCCGGGGAUACCUGUCUGCAAGAGCAUUUGCUCAAUGCCACUGAAAGGACUCGUUACAUCAGUCCUAGAAUUCAAAACGAGAUAAUCGAUGGAAUCGGCGAACUUUUCCGGAAGAGAAUAUCAGUUGAAGUUCAACAAUCCGGCUUCUUCUCCAUACUAGCCGACGAAACGCGGGACAGUGGAAAAAUCGAUCAGCUCACGCUUUGCUUGCGCUACGUAACAUCACGAAACGACCGAAAAGUAGUUGUAGAAAACUUUUUGAUGUAUUGUGAAGUUUCUGACAAGACUGGUGUUGGUUUGGCUUCACAGAUUUUGAGGAAUCUUACCGCGCAGAAUAUCGAUGUGACAAAGAUGCGGGGACAAGGUUACGACGGGUGCAGCGCGAUGAGUGGUCGAUUCAAAGGCGUGCAAACUGUGAUCAAAGCGAGUAUUCCAGAAGCCCUCUACGUGCAUUGCGCGAGCCACUGCCUGAACCUCGCAGUUGUUCAUUCUUCGGAAUGUACCCUCAUACGGAACACAGUCGGCACUAUUGGGAACAUACGUGCUUUCAUAUCGAAUUCCACUUCUCGCAUCAGAAUCCUUGAAGAACAAGUUGCGCUCCACUCCGAUACUACCACUGCUCGUCGACUGAAACCACUGUGCUCGACUCGCUGGGUCGAAAGCCAUAAAGCUUUCAUUAACUUUAAAGAGAUGUUCGUUCCAAUUGUUGGCGCCUUGGAAGAGAUUUCCGCGAAGGGGAACGAUGCUAGCCGCGCCAAAGAGCUCCUAUCAGCACUCU